AUGGUCGAUUUUUUAAUAAGAAUCUUAGCUUAUCUUCUUUUUUCAUCCGUUUUUCUCAAUUCUCUAGUUGUGAGGAUUUCUGUGGAUUGCGAAUUUGAAGUUACUAGCUUUGCGCACAAUAGAGAGCAAGGGUAAUAAUCACUGACGACAAAUAUUUGAUGUUUUUAAAUUGCGAGAUGUCUCAUUUCAUAAAUUUGUUUCUAUCGAAUUCUGAGUAAUCAAAUUUUUUUCAGACCAUGUCGUCACGCAAAGGUCGUUUUCCUCAAUCAGAAGAUUACAUGGUUAAUUUUGAAGGUACAUAGCGAGAAAACAAUCGAAUACGCUACCAUCCAUAUUAAUAAAGAGUCGGUUGGUCAGAAGGAAGCAAAGGAAAUAAAAUUUCGAAGGGUUUCGUUCACACACAGUAAGUUUAUGAUUAUUUUAUAUGUUGAUAUUUAGGUUUGCAAUGAUUAGGCUUUGAAAUAUGAAACUAAAAGAUCUUCUUUUAGUUCUACAAGACAGAUGCCACUUCGAAGCUGAAAGAUUCGCCGCAUUUGUGGACAGCGACAUCUUGUACAUGCUGGCUUUAUGUGGAGAUGAUCACUACUUUGUACGGACUUAUAUCUACUCUACUUUUCGCCUCUACACUCCCUAUAAUGGAAUGGUCUUUUUUAAUAAAACUCGAGAGUACAACGUCUUUGGAUUGGGUGUUUAUAAUCAAUAUCGUCGCGAUUCUUUUAUCAUUGAAGCCAAGGAGGAUUCGAAGAGUAUUUUAGUCAGGAAUUUACAUUUCUUACACAUGAAAGAGACGAUGGAAUUGAAGACGGAUGUAUCGGAUAUCUAUAUGAUCGAGAGUACGGGUGUUUUUUGUUACUUGGCAGUCAAGAGUGGUGAUCGGAAGAUGGUGAACUUCUACCAAUUGAAAGGAGACCGGAAAUUGGACUCAUAUAAGGACAAACAAUGAUUUGAUGCUUGUUUUCAGUUACUCUGACUACUAUAAGGUGAUUUGUUUUAGAUGAAUGUUCCCCAUUGACCUUUGAACAACCAGAAUAUUCUCACUUUGCUUGUAUUUCCCAUCUGUCAUCACCUUCGGGCCUUGAGGAAGAUUAUUUUUGGAUGGGGAGUCGAUUAAUCAAUGAUGCCUCACUCCAGGUUGGAAAUGUAAGUCUAGGCAUGUCCAUUACUGUAGUUUCUUUGUUUUAAGACCCUACCCGAUGUCUACAGUGAUCUGGAAGAGUGCGUAGAAAAUUCUGACAAGUAAGUCAUCAUGUGCAAUAUAAAUUCUUAUAAUUUUUGGCCAAAAGGUAUUCGAGGCUUUUCUUUAUUUUAAUAUUCAUACAUUUUGCUUCUAGAAAGGCUACGGCAAUUUCCAUCCUCAUCCCUCUGAUUAUGGCGAUAUUAUCUAUUACAUUUGUCACCGUUAUAGCAUUUACAGUCGGAGUUUGGCUGAGAGAACGAAGAGUUCUUACUCAAUGUGAGUCUUGAUUUCCUUGGCUGUGGAUGUUUUCGACAUAAUAUUAUUGUAUAAUUUCAGAUCAAGAAACUUAUUUGGCUACGACUAAAACUAUCCAAUCCGUGUCAAAUGGAGAAGUAAAACACUCUGAGAAAAAUGUAAAAAAAUAAAUUGAAAUUAGUUGACUUGAAUCUUGUCGAAUGUAACUCCUCAGAAUAUAAUAUUCUCAUUUUUUUUUCAAAAAUUUACAUAUUCCAGUGUGAAAUUUGCAAAUUACCCUUGAAGUCUGAAAAUUUUAAUUUUGUGUUUCUCAGAACCCUCGAAGUCGGUGA